UCAAUAUGGCAGAAAAUUGGGAUAAUAUACCAGGAAUAAAUCAAGAAUAUGGACAAUUAGACUUAAAUGCAACUGAUGGUCAAACAGAUGAAAAUAAUUGGAUUAAUUUAGACCAAAAUAUCAGAUAUAUACCAUGUACAAAUUAUACAGAUUGGGAUCCUUUAAAUAACAAUGGUCAAACCGAUGAUGAUAAACUAAUUGAAGAAUAUUUUAAAAAUAAAACUACAAUUAUUGAAUCUGCUGAUGAUACAAAUGAGGAUCGGGACGACUCGAAUCAAACAACAUCUGGUAUUGAACGUCAAGCUGAUACAACUACAUCUGAUGUUGUUGAACAAUCGAAUGUUCCAGUAACGUCCGAGUAUGUCCAAGAAGAGGAAGAAUGGUAAUCAUAGAUUUUUACAACAAUACCGAAUUCAAGCCAAAUUAAACAUCACUGAAAAAAAUUGAAUUGUUGCCUCUAUUUAUAAUUUAUUAUUGUAUAACAUAUAUUUUUUUAGUUAUACUUUAUGAGUAAAGCCUGAAACUAACGACAUAAAAAAAUAAUAGGUUUUGUUUUUAUUUAUUAUUUAUAUAUCAU